AUGACGGAAAAAACAGUUGUACAACGAGCGAGCGAUGCUGUUAAAAAAGAAGUUUCAUCUUACAACGAACUAUUUCAAGAUUCAACAUCAGUUGAUAAACGAAAAACUGAAUAUAAAACUUUAGUAACAAAUUACUAUAGUGUAUCAACAGAUUUUUAUGAAUAUGGUUGGGGACAAAGUUUUCAUUUUGCUAAUCGAUUUCGUACUGAAACAUUAGCAGAAUCGAUUCAACGACAUGAAUCUUAUUUGGCAUUAAAAAUGAAAAUCAAGCCUGGCGAUAAAGUACUUGAUAUUGGUUGUGGAGUUGGAGGACCGCUGAGACGUAUUGCAUAUUUAACGGGCGCACAUGCUACUGGCGUAACAAUCAGUCAAUAUCAAAUUCAACGAGCUCGAGCAAUCGGUGUACCAGCUAAUUGUCAGUUUGUUCAAGGUGAUUUUAUGGAGCUACCAUUCGAGGACAAUAGUUUCGAUCAUGUUUAUGUUAUUGAGGCUGCAUGUCAUGCGCCCGAAAAGGCAAAAUGUUUCGCUGAGGUUUUUCGCGUUCUGAAGCCAGGUGGGUCAUUCGUUGGUUACGAUUGGUGUUUGACUGAUAAAUAUGAUAAGAGCAAUCCGAUACAUAACGAAACAAAACGUUUAAUAGAAGAAGGUGAUGGUCUGCCUGAGUUGAAAUCGACUCAUCAAUUAUUAUCUGAUCUUAAAACAGUUGGUUUUACUGUUGAACAAAAUCAAAUAAUACCCGAAGGUGAUAUUCCUUGGUAUCAACCAUUAAAAGGUGGCGAUUCAUUCUUUUCAUUGAAUAAUCUUCGUGCAAGUGCGAUUGGUCGAUGGUUAACACGUAAUAUGGUUUGGUUUAUGGAAAAAACUUGGAUUGCAGCUCAAGGCAGUAUAGGAACACUUGAAAUACUUGAAAAGGCUGCUGUAGGUUUAGUUCGUGGUGGUGAGAGUGACAUAUUUACACCGUAUUUUUUCUUUCUUGCUCGAAAAUCGUGA